GAUGGGAUGUAAACAUCACGUGCCCAGAGUCACGUGUCCCGGGUCAGCUGUUCGCUCCUUCCCUCUUCACUGAUUCACUGCUUCAGUCCUUCGAGAUGGAGUUUCUUUACGGCAAUCCCUUCAGCACCCAAGUCGGGCAGCGGGUUGAACAAGCAACAGAUGGCUCUUUGCAGGCAGAGGAUUGGGGCCUCAACAUGGAGAUAUGUGAUAUCAUUAAUGAGACUGAGGAGGGACCAAAGGAUGCGAUCAGGGCCUUAAGGAAGAGACUUUCAGGAAACAAAAACUUUCGGGAGGUGAUGCUAUGCCUAACGGUUCUAGAAACCUGUGUGAAGAACUGUGGUCAUCGGUUCCACGUCAUGGUGGCAAGUCGGGACUUUGUGGAAGAUGUACUGGUAAAAACAAUUCUGCCUAAGAAUAAUCCACCCACUGUAGUGCAGGAUAAAGUUUUGAGCUUAAUCCAGGCUUGGGCAGAUGCAUUCCGGAGUACUCCAGACCUCACUGGUGUAGUGACUGUAUAUGAAGAACUGAGGAGGAAGGGACUUGAGUUUCCUAUGACUGACCUUGAUGCAUUGUCUCCCAUUCACACACCUCAACGAACUAUUCCUGAAAUUGAUCCAGCAGUCACACAAAAUUCUUCCCCAGUCCAACCAGCAAUGUUCCCGGUUUCUGAGCAGCCCAUCCCUGCAGUAUCCACUGAAGGUGGAAUAACUCCCUCCCUUGAACAGGUUGCUAAGCUGCGAAGUGAACUGGAUGUCGUUAAUGGUAACGUAAAGGUGAUGUCUGAAAUGUUGACCGAAAUGGUCCCGGGUCAAGAAGAUUCCUCUGAUCUGGAACUACUACAGGAGCUGAACAGAACAUGUCGGGCAAUGCAGCAGAGGAUCCUGGAGCUCAUUUCAAGAGUCUCCAAUGAGCAGGUGACAGAGGACCUAUUACAUGUUAAUGACAACCUCAAUAAUGUAUUUCUCCGUUAUGACAGGUUUGAAAGGUUCAGAACUGGACAGAAUACUACUAAUCGGGUGUCCAGUGAUUCAGAGAACACAGAAAAUUUAAUCAAUCUUACACCAAGCUCUCCAGCUGUUGUCACUCCAGUGACUGCCUCCAAUCUCUCAACACAGUUAGCAGGGCUCAGUAUUGCGGGAGAAAGUGUGAGUGGAACACUGAAGUCCUUGGAGAACAACAGUCAUCCAAAAACUGAAGAAGAAGAGUUUGACAUGUUUGCACAGACCAGAAGCAACUCAUUGGCUGACCAGCGCAAGAAUGUAAAGUAUGAAGAACCACAGGCAAUUGAAGGACUGGCUGGGGCUUUGGAUACUCGACAGCAGAACACUGGAGCGACGGAGAAUACACUGAAUGAGCCCACAAACAGAACAACAUUAGACAACUGGAUGUUAAACCAAGGAAUGAUUCCUGUCACUCAGACCAAUCUAAUGGAUGAUAUUGAACAGUGGUUGUCCACAGAUGUGAAAGGUGAAUUUGGAGAUGAUUCUGAAGGAGUAACAAGUGAAGAAUUUGAUAAAUUCCUGGAAGAGCGAGCAAAAGCAGCAGAACGCAUGCCAACCCUCCCGUCACCUCCCACAGAGGCUCCUGGCUCUGUUACUGUGACCAAAAAGAAGAAGCAGGAAAAGAUGGAGGAUGCCCUCUUUACACUGUGAGGUUUCAGGUCCACCCUCUAGCUGCCUGCCACCUUGAAUGAAGGAACACAUUGGGGCAUUCCUAUGCCCUUUCUCUUUCCCCUUCCCCGCCCUUUCUCCCAUCCCUUUUCCCCUUGCCUCCCUCUCUCUCCCACCCCCCACCCCUCAAAAAAAAACAGGGGACGGUACAAAAACAGAAUACAGUCUUUCCCAUGGAACUCUGUUUUGAGGUGGACCCUAUUUUAAAAUAUUUAUCCAUGAUGACUACAGCACCUAUAUUGUGGAUAAAGGUCAAGAUGUGACCCUUCGCUGAAGUUGUGGAGAUGCCAUCCAGUUAUAGAAUGAUGGUGUGGGCUGAUGGUACUUAAGUUCAAAAUAGGUGGUGUUAAAAUAAUUUAAACUGGAGAUCUGGGAGUACACUACUUUUUAUAUGUUUCCUCCUUAAAAAUCCAUGUACAUUUUAUUGUUUGUUCUUUUGUAUGCUGGUAUGAAAAAUGAUUUCUAAGCAUUAACUUAUUCUGUUUUAAAUGCUUUAACACAAAGAUAGUAAUGAUGUGUCAUAGGGUUUGUGGGAAUGUUGGAGAAUAAAAGCUGGUGGCUCCAAGUGAAGCAGUGGGUCACAAUCCACACUUUAGUCUGAUUUAUGAGAUCUCUGAGAUAGAUUCCAUUGAUGUGCUACUGCAGGGUGGGGUGGUGUAAGUGUGCAGCUGCAAUUUCUUUUACAUCUUUAUCUUGUUGUCUAUGCAAUACAACUUUUCUCCCCUUCCACAAUCUUUAAAAAUGGGGCACAUCUCUGGCUCGAAACAGAUCAUUCAAAGCUAUGGAAACUGUAGGGUUGCCAACGCUGCAGGUUUGUCCUUGUGGGUUUCUAUGAACUAGAGAUUUAUUUCCAGAGAAAAGUACAGGAGACAUUAACCAAAUUUUUGGAGAUCAUGAGUAGUCAAAAUUCAUUUAAUUAGAUAUCCAGGUUUGGUUCCUUUUCAAUUAGUCAUGGAAAGGCCGCAUGCUUGGAAGAUGGACCAAUGACAGGAGUGUGGGACUCAUGUGAUGAAACCUCUGGGAUCACACCCAUUCAGAGUUGGCAACCCUAUGACAAUGGCUCAAUUGCACUUAGUGUUUUAAUUCUAUAAAUUUCUAGACCAAUUCUAGCCGUGUAGGGAGGGAAGCGAAUGUACGAUUUAGAAAAAUAAUUUAAUGCAAAAUCAAUAAAAAGUUAUUUUGUGGGCAUUGGCUCACCCAGAAAUUUCUAGUGUUUUAGAGCCUCUUAGAAAAACUCACCACUCCUCUGUAGCUAUAUAACCAUGCAAAUAUAUUCCUGGCUAAGAUUCUGCAGCAGUGUUCAAAUGGACUGUAUAUUGCUUUACAUGUUGUUCAGUGCAGUAACUUUACACUUCUGCAUCUGUACAUUAGAUAAAUGUAACUAUUCAGAAUUGUCCAAUGUAUAAUUUUUGUUGACUAUUCCUGCUAUAGUGUGUUGAGUUUUGUAUUCUUCUGGCUUGAAGGAAAUCCUUCCACCAAAAAGCAUUGAACAAUUGACCAGAAAAAUAAUCAUCACUUGUGAAGAAACAUGUUCAGAAGAUUACUAAGAAGAUACAUGUCCCAUUUUACAAAAACGGUAUGGAGGUACUGGAUAAAUUGCCAUAAAGGUUUUUAAGAAUGAUCCCAGAACUGAAAGGAUGUAAUUAUUAGGAAAACUGAACAAGGUGAUAAAGGAAUAGUAGAUUAUGCAGGUAGGGUUUGUUGAAGUGGAAUAAAAGAAGUUUUGUAUGGAGUAUAAUUGGAGUGGCCAAUGGACCUGUAUCUGACUCUAAAUCAGAAUAAUCAAGAAUUAUUGAAUAUUAUUAGGAAUAGUUAUUCAUUAAAUCAACACUUCUCAGUUGAUGUCUUAAAAACUGAUAUCCCUUUCACAAGUUGGCAUUUUUUUUAUAAUUCUGAAAAUUUAGAACAUAUUCUCAUAUUUGCAUGAGGAAUCUUGAGGCCAAGGUUAAACUUGCACUUAAAAUAAUGACUGGUUCCCCUUUCAAUAAACUACACAUCACUGGAAAACAAAAUAGAAUUUGAGAUUGAUUCUCAUUUAAAAGCUUAGCCAACAGAAUUUACCAAUCCUUCAACCAGCUUUGUCAAGAAAUGAUUUGCCGAGAACACUAUCGCUGGAGAGAACCCAUGACUAGAGACCUAAUGUAAAAUUUGCUGUUGCUUGAUUGGUUCAGGAAAUAUAUCACACUUUUUUGAAAAAAACUGACUUAAACACACAAGCAUAAGUGAUAUGACAUGUAACUAACUUAUCCUCUGCUUAUUUACAGAAUCUUACCCCAGAAAGAUUUAUUGAGGCAUUUUUACGCCAAUCUGAUAAUGAGAUAGUUGCAGCUUUUAAUUGCUUGAUUAACCAAGGUUCAGUAUUUCUAUAAAACUGCAGUUACAGAGGAUGGUUAUUUUGAAACUGGGUGGUGUUUGAUAAUUCAUUCAACCAAAACAGAUUGAAUAAGAGAUAACAAAGUGUGGAGCUGGAUGAACACAGCAGGCCAAACAGCAUCUCAGGAGCACAAAAGCUGACGUUUCGGGCCUAGACCCUUCAUCAGAGAGAUGGCUGUUGUGCUGAUGAGAUGCUGCUUGGCCUGCUGUGUUCAUCCAGCUCCACACUUUGUUAUCUUGGAUUCUCCAGCAUCUGCAGUUCCCAUUAUCUCUGAUACAAAUUGAAUAAGGUCCAUGUUGUGCGUAACUUACCCUCUGCAAAUUGGGCGUUGUGUUUUCCUACUUGAGUGACUGUUGUUUAGUUAGCAAUAGGAAUAUCCUAAAGUCAUGGAAGGUACUGUUUAAAUGCAAUUGUCUGUCUUUAGCGAUUUUGAUUUCUAAAAGCUUACAGCUGGAAUUUGACAGUGACUGUGAUUAAGCAUUAAAAAAGCAAUGUCUCACA